GCUAGUUUAUGUAAAUGCUCCAUUUUAAUUAUAUUAGGAGGACGGCCCCAUUCUCUGCCCAAUAAAAAUGGACCAGGGCUGACACCUGGUUAUAAACACAGGAAGGAUUCCAAAGUAGUAAUCGCAAAUCGGCAGAAAAAAACCCAACCGGCAUCUUCAAGAGACGCAAUGACCUCCAGUAAAGUUGAACUGCCAGGAGAGGUGAAGAACGACCCGGCUGCGCUCAUGGCAUCUCUUCAUCUGGUGCCCUCGCCGGUACCCAACCCUGAAAUCAAGUACACUAAGAUUUUUAUUAAUAACGAAUGGCAUGAUUCUGUGAGCGGUAAGGUCUUCAGCACAUACAACCCGACUACAGGGGAGAAGAUCUGUGAUGUCCAGGAAGCAGAUAAGGCUGAUGUGGACAAAGCCGUGCAGGCUGCGCGUUCGGCCUUCUCUCUGGGUUCAGUAUGGAGGAAGAUGGAUGCAUCUGAACGUGGGAGGCUGUUGUUUAAACUAGCUGACCUGGUGGAAAGAGACAGUGCCUACCUGGCUACCCUGGAGUCUCUGGACACUGGGAAACCUUUCCUCUCCUCCUUCUUUGUGGACCUCCAGGGAACCAUUAAAACUUUUCGAUAUUUUGCUGGAUGGGCAGAUAAGAUCCACGGUUCCACGAUUCCGAUUGAUGGAGAAUAUUUCACUCUUACCAGACAUGAGCCCAUUGGAGUUUGUGGACAGAUUAUUCCUUGGAACUUCCCGCUGGUGAUGACAGCAUGGAAAUUGGGGCCAGCGCUGAGCUGUGGGAAUACUGUUGUCCUGAAACCUGCUGAGCAGACCCCUCUCACCUGCCUCUACAUCGGUGCUCUGAUCAAAGAGGCUGGGUUUCCACCGGGAGUCGUCAAUAUUUUGCCAGGCUAUGGGCCAACCGCAGGAGCCGCGAUCUCUUCGCACAUGGGCAUAGACAAAGUGGCGUUCACAGGAUCGACUGAGGUAGGCAAGCUGAUCCAAGAAGCAGCAGGAAAGAGCAAUCUGAAGAGAGUCACGCUAGAACUCGGGGGAAAGAGUCCCAACAUCAUUUUUGCAGAUGCUGAUUUUGAGCUGGCAGUCGAACAGGCCCAUCAGGGUGUUUUCUUCAAUAGUGGUCAAUGCUGCACCGCUGGAUCCCGUAUCUUUGUAGAAGAGCCCAUUUAUGAGGAGUUUGUGCGAAGGAGUGUUGAGAGAGCGCGGAUAAGGACAGUUGGAAAUCCGUUUGACCCAACCACUGAGCAGGGACCUCAGGUGAGUGCGGAGCAGCAGAGUCGUGUACUGGAGCUGAUUCAGAGCGGCAUCACUGAAGGAGCUAAACUGGAGUGUGGAGGCAAAGCUCCUCCUUCUAAAGGCUUCUUUGUGGAGCCCACAGUCUUCUCUGAUGUACAGGACCACAUGCGCAUUGCCAAGGAGGAGAUAUUUGGGCCAGUUCAGCAGAUUAUGAAGUUUAAAACUAUUGAAGAAGUGAUUGAGAGAGCCAACAACUCAGAAUAUGGUCUGGCAGCAGCGGUCUUCACCACAGACCUCAACAAGGCCAUGACUGUCUCUGCAGCUCUGCAGGCCGGCACUGUCUGGAUCAACUGUUAUAAUGCCAUGAGCUGCCAGUGUCCUUUUGGAGGAUUCAAAAUGUCCGGCAACGGUCGUGAACUGGGGGAGAUCGGAAUGAAAGAGUAUACAGAGGUGAAAACCAUUACAAUGAAGAUUUCAGGGAAGAAAUCCUAAAACACAACUACGUACGUUCCUAGCAGCGGGAAGUCCUCCUCUGAGGUUAACCACUAGCCAUUAUCCUUUGGUUGUCUAUAGUGGUAAAACGCCACACACAGUAACCACCCAUCACUUCUGCAUUGGAGCACCUCUUCUCCUGCAUCUUCAUAGGCUGUUGUCAUGAACUACCUUUCAUCUCCAUCCCACGUCCACUAGCAGCUCCACAUCCACACCACAAUUAACUGCCUCCACCCAUUCCAGCUGUGGCCUCCUCUCGCCGGCUCCACUAACCGUACUAAAGCACUCGGAGUCCCGGUGAAAGAGGGCUACGCUUCUGACCACUGCACCAGCAACGUGCAGACACUAACAGACUACGACCACUCUCUCUGAUGAUCUCCCACGGCAAGUGGCCAGAGGAGGUCUGUUGUGUCUGAGGGGUGCCAUUCUCAAACCUCAUAAUUAACUUGCCUUUCCACUGGGUAGAAAUCUAGUAGGCAUAUUCGUUUUUACUAAGACCACUGAAGCUCUCUAUCUCAGAAAAAAAGAUGUUUUCUUUGAAUGAGUAUUAAUUCUAAAAUUUGUGUAAUUGCUUUGUGUUUUUAUUUUUCAUUUCAUUGUUCGGUUGUUUUUACUAUGCGUAACUUUGUCGAUGUCUUGACCAAUGUAAACCUCAAAAAAAAAGAAAAAAAUAUAAAAAAAAUAAAUCUUCGGUGUGUAUUUUUGACAAAUGAUUCCUUAUUGAUGCCCAUUUAUUGUUAGGUUGGAAGAAUUAUGUACUAUGAAUAUAGAAGUUAAGAUAUAGAGUAAUUUCUUCAUUAAAAUGUUUUACUCAAA